UUCUGUUUUGUCUGCUGCAGAUUUCCGUGGAGCCUCGUUUUUCCAACCUCUGCACCAACAUGCUGCCGGUGUCGUUGCUGUCUUCGGAGAACGGUCAGGGUUUGAAAAUGUUUGCCGUCGUGGAGCAGUGGGACGAGGCGUCGGACCGACACACGGACAACACCAACAAGUACUUUAUGCUGUUGCUCAUCAAACUGGGACUGGAAGCAGGCGUCUUCUACUCGUGUGGCACCAAAAAGUGUACGUACUUUUUGAGCGUCUGUAGCCUGUCUGUCCUGCUGGCUGAUUUCGUUGUUACAUUCUUAAUGGGCGCCGCCUGGUUCCUCGGAGCUGAGAAGUCUUUGGUGUCCCCCUGCGCCCUCUUGGCCAACGCCUCGACAGCAUAUGCCGCUCUGCCGCUCCCCAUGAUGCUCCUGGGCUUCGUGGACUACUGUUUAGAGGACAUCUUUAUGAGCGACCGCCCAGCGUUGUGGAGAACGCUGAGGAAUGUCCUCCUGACGCUGGUGGUUUGGGCGGUCGCUGUUAAUCACUCGCUGCGCUCCAGCUACGUCGGGCCAGUGGAACUGGAUUCAGUGGGGGAGAAGAAGGCGCUGGCCUGCGAAGUGAGAGAGUCGGCACUGAUCACAGUCUUCACUCUGGGGCUUUUCACCGCCACCCUCCUGACGCUGGUGCCGUUUUUGACCAGGAUCCCCCGGUGGGUAAGAGAGGCCCACAAGCUGACUGAAGCUCGGGAGGAGCAGAAAAACGCGGGGAGCGACCUGCUCUUCACUUCCUCCUGGAACCACAACCCGCAAACUAAAAGCCAGCUGGAGGAACAUCUGGAGGAGGACGGCUCGACGAGGCCUCCGCUGUGGUUCAGCAUGAUGCUGGGCUUUUUAUGGUUCUGGAUGCCAUAUCUGCUGAUGUCCGUGUCCUGCCUGAUCUUUGGCUUGGGAAUACCGGCGUACCUCUCGGUUAACCUCCUCUGGUUGGAGUGCUCCAACAGCUUCCUGGUGGGUUUGGUGUUCUGGGCCAAGAGCAGCGCCAGGGGACCUUACAGCAGUCUGCCGGACAACGUGUGCUUAUGGCAGGUGUACUGGCAUUUGAGCAGAGACAUACAGCUCUCUCUUCUGCCUGUGUCUGUGUUUAUUCCACCACAUGAAAAGAACAUUUCACAUGUGUAGAAAAAAUAAAAUAAACAGCCCAAUGCCAAGGCACCACAAAUAUAUUAAAAUGAAAAUGAUGUGGUAUAGAAUGUGUCAGUGAUCUGAAUCUGUGGCUGAUGCCUCAGCUCCCUUGUGGCCCAAUGUCAUUAAGGCAGGACUCGGGGACGGAUCGCCGUCUCCAGCAGCCAAGACGUGAGAUCUUGCAGCUAUAAAUGGACUUAAGUGCUGCAAGGCACUGUUUACAACGCAGGAUGGGAAAAUUUCAAUCUCUGUACAUUGCAGUGAGUCGCCAACUUUUCCUUUAUCUUCAUUUUUUUAUUUUACAGUCUCAAUGGAUACAUGUUUGUAUUAAAAAAAAUAAAAUCUGAAUAAAAUACUGUCUCCUCCUCUCAUAUUUCUCACAUUAAACAAUUUAUAGUCCCGUCUUGUUUUUUCGAUAAGUUCAAAGGGGGUCACCUCAG